AUGUUUUCCAGAGCUCUCAGAGUCCAAAGGGCGAUGCCUAUGCGCAUCAGGGCAGCCCAGGCACCCUUUGCCCUGGUCUCGCGAUCUGUUACCACUGACGCUGCCUCUGCGUCUCUUCACAACUCUGUCCCUCAGUCCGAGGACGAGCCUUUCCAGGUCGCCCUCAGUGAUGAGAGCUUCGAGACCUACGAGCUGGACCCCCCUUCUUACACCAUCGAGGUAACCAAGAAGGAGCUGAAACAGAUGUACUACGACAUGGUCACCAUCAGGCAGAUGGAAAUGGCCGCCGACCGCCUGUACAAGGAGAAGAAGAUCCGUGGUUUCUGCCACUUGUCUACUGGACAGGAGGCAGUUGCCGUUGGUAUCGAACACGCCAUCACCAAGCUCGACGACGUCAUCACCGCCUACCGAUGCCACGGUUUCGCCCUGAUGCGCGGUGGUACUGUACGAUCCAUCAUCGGCGAACUGCUCGGACGACGUGAAGGUAUUGCCUACGGAAAGGGUGGUUCUAUGCACAUGUUCUCCAAGGGAUUCUACGGCGGCAACGGUAUUGUUGGUGCCCAGGUUCCUGUUGGUGCCGGUCUAGCCUUUGCCCACAAGUACAAUGACAGCAAGACCGCCAGUAUUAUCCUGUACGGUGAUGGUGCCAGUAACCAGGGCCAAGUGUUUGAGGCUUUCAAUAUGGCUAAGCUCUGGAACUUGCCUGCCCUCUUUGGUUGCGAGAACAACAAGUACGGUAUGGGCACUUCUGCUGCUCGAUCAUCCGCUUUGACCGACUACUACAAGCGUGGACAGUACAUCCCUGGUCUCAAGGUUAACGGCAUGGACGUCUUGGCUGUCAAGGCUGCUGUUACGUAUGGCAAGGAGUGGACUGCCGCCGAUAAGGGCCCUAUGGUUCUCGAGUAUGUCACCUACCGAUAUGGAGGUCAUUCCAUGUCCGACCCCGGCACUACCUACCGUACCCGUGAGGAGAUUCAGCGCAUGCGAUCCACCAACGAUCCCAUUGCCGGACUGAAGCAGAAGAUUUUGGAUUGGGAGGUCACUACCGAGGAUGAGCUGAAGAAGAUUGACAAGGAGGCCCGCAGCCAUGUCAAUGAGGAGGUUGCUAUUGCCGAGGCUAUGGCUGUUCCCGAGCCCAAGCCUUCAAUCUUGUUCGAGGACAUCUAUGCCAAGGGAACCGAGCCUCAGUACAUCCGUGGUCGUACCCCUGACGAGAACUACUACUUCUAA